CGAUCAUCCAGCAACCAACCAAAAUUCUAUCCUUGCCCUUUACUGAGGGUCCCCGUACCACAUCUGACCAAUUGUAACCUCAUCCAAACGGAAAAAGUGCAAGGCUCUCAUCAGAAUGGGUGUCUUUAAUGUUGUUUAAGCACACUUAUGAGGGAGGCUCCAGCAUCAAGAUUAUGUCAUUUUAUUGCCCGCUUUAAGGUGAAAGGAGCCUAAAUUUGGAGCACAGGUAGUAGUUGACAAUAAAAAAAAUCGUCUCAAGUCAACUUCAUUGCCAUUUACCUCACCAUGCUGGACAAACUCCCCGUGGGUACCUUAAUUCUAGCGUCUAUAGAGUCUACUUCACAGACGCUAUUGACCAUCGGCAUAGGGUAUCUUUCAGCACGGUCAGGAUUUCUAAACGACAAGUCACAGAAAGGAUUACAGAAGCUCACCAUCAAUGUGUUGACGCCAGCGCUAUUGUUCGCAAACGUGGGCGCCCAAAUUGACCUGCAAAAAUUGAUCACUUUGUGGGCCGUGCCAGCAUUUUAUGUUGGAUACAUUUGUAUUGGAUUCAUCAUUGCCUUGAUGGCUGGAAAGAUAUGCAAAUUCGACUGGGCCGCUUGCAAAUUCGUAGCCGCCGGCGUCAUCUUCCAAAACACCACGUCUCUUCCAAUUGCCUUAAUUCAAAGUAUGGCGUCCACUAGGGCUAUUGCGCUGCUUAUGAGAGAGGACGACACACCUAGCGCGGCAACGUCAAGAGGCAUCUCAUUCAUUUUGAUUGCCUCACUUUUGUCUAAUUUAUUUCGGUACAGUGUUGGUACAUGGCUGUUCAGUGAUUCGGACCGAAAACGGACCAACGAGAGUGAUAGUGAAGACGGCGAAUUACUUGAUACCACGCCAUUACUUAAUGCCACUCCCCGUCGACGCAAAAUCGCAGGCAUGGCCGUUAGCGGAUGGCAUCGUGCUCGGGAAAUCUUUAACCCUCCUCUGCUGGCUGCUAUCGUUGCCUUGAUUGUUGGCAUCACGCCCCCACUGAAACAUCUCUUCUUCAGCCAGGACGGCGUGUUCUACAGCUCAUUGACAGCUACUAUACGACAGCUAGGUCAGGCAUGCAUCCCCAUGGUCAUGAUUACUUUGGGAGCCGAGCUCUAUACUCUUCCACGCGACACCUCUUCCUCUACCAAGGAGAUGGUCACCGCUAUCAUUCUUCUCAAGAUGCUUGUCAUGCCUAUUUUGGGCGGCGCAGCCGUCCUUUCAUUACGCCAGUGGGUCACAGAUGACCCUAUGAUGUUGUUUGUAUUGAUUCUAUUAGCGGCUUCACCAACAGCCAUCAAUCUUAUGACCAUCUCUCAAAUGACGAGGCGGUAUGAAAGUGAAACAGCUACUGUGUUGUUUUAUAGUUAUUUAGUGGCUGCAUUCACUCUUACCAUUGCCGUAUCUGCCAUUUUACUCAUUUUCCAAUAUAAACUUUAGCUGUGGUCACAAGGAGGAUAGUCAAUUGUAGACCAGGGAAUCCAAAAAGUUGUAAAAGCGUAUGCUUGUAUUUUUCAUUGAACAAAAGAAUAAAAAACACAGAUGUAUUUAUU